ACCCAUCACUAUGGACUUUUUCGUAGAUGGUAGCUUUCAGCAGUUAUUUUCGGAUUUAGAGGAACAAGAUAUACAAGUUACGGAUUGGCAGCUUUUGCCCCAUUACGGCAUCAGCACCAAUAACAAUAGCAUCAAUCAAAAUGAUAUUAACAAAGAGCCGCCAGAUGAUUAUAUAACAAAUUUAACAAAUUAUGAGAAUAAUAUCGAGCAACGCCUUAAUAUGCAACUUGAAGAUGAUUUUGUAUCCGGUUGCCUGCCUCACUCGACGCAUAUCGCAGAAGAAAAAUUGUUACAAGAAAGUUUAGAUUAUCUAUUAAGCUCUUCGUAUUCAAAUGUUGAAAAUAUGACAAGCAGUGAUAAAAAUUUACCUUCGAUGAUGAUGAUUAAUGAGGAACUAUCCGAAUGGGAGGAAAAAUUCUUAGAUAACUUUGUUGAAAUUCCCGAACUUGUCGAUUUUUUACCCGAUAAGACACCGCUUUGCAAUGAUAAUUGCGAAGAUUUCCUUCAAGAGAGUUCAGAGAAUUUAAGAUUACAUCCUGCCCAAUAUAUGGGCUCGGUGGAGCUUUCCCAUGAUGCCGAAAAGUCUUAUUGCUGUCAGUUUAGAGAUUGCAGUAAAGCUUAUACGAAACCAGCUCAUUUAAAAGCUCAUCUAAGACGUCAUAUGGGCGAAAAGCCAUAUGUCUGCUCUUGGCCUAAUUGCACAUGGAAGUUUUCCCGUUCCGAUGAAUUGGCUCGCCAUCGUCGUUCGCAUUCCGGCAUUAAACCGUAUAAAUGCGAUUUUUGUAAUAAAUGUUUCGCACGUUCUGACCAUUUAACUAAGCAUCGCAAGGUCCAUGAAAGGCGCUUACUCGCGGCCAAUAAGGCUGGAAAGACUGUAAAUGGCAUUCUACCGCAAUCAGUUCUCUGCGUUAGACCGGGUAGAAAAAGAAAAAAUCAAUUGUAG